AUGUCCGAACGUGAACAGAAGCAUGCGCCAUCUGUGGCCGUGCAGCAAAGUGAUAACAUCGCACAUGCUCUGGCAGGCUCGGGUGGUGGUAUCUUGUCAAUGAUCUUGACAUACCCUCUUAUCACCCUGUCCACACGAGCCCAGGUUGAAUCCAAGCGUGCGCAAUCUUCUACUCUCGAUGCUGUCCGUCGCAUCGUCCAACGUGAGGGAAUUGCAGGUCUCUUCUCGGGUCUAGAGUCAGCCCUCUUUGGAAUUAGCGUCACCAACUUUGUGUACUACUACUGGUACGAAUGGACUCGAUCAGCCUUCGAGAAGGCGGCCAUCAAUUCUGGCCGGACCUCGAAGAAACUCACAACUGUCGAGUCUAUUAUCGCUGGUGCAAUCGCUGGUAGUGCCACUGUUCUAACCACCAAUCCGAUCUGGGUGGUUAACACUCGCAUGACAGCCCGCAAGUCUGACUCAGAAGAGGAGGCUCUCCCUGGUGCUCCCAAGAAGACCAAACCAUCAACUUUUGGCACCUUGAUGGAAUUGUUGCGCCAGGAGGGCCCCGCUGCUCUCUUCGCAGGUGUUCUUCCCGCGUUGAUUCUGGUUAUCAACCCUAUUCUCCAAUACACUAUCUUCGAACAGUUGAAAAAUGUGGUUGAGCGCCGUCGACGCAUGACCCCGAGAGAUGCCUUUUUGCUCGGCGCACUGGGCAAGAUCAUGGCUACCAGCAUUACAUACCCCUACAUCACUGUUAAGAGCCAGAUGCACGUAGCUAGCAAUGAUGGUUCCAAGUUGAGCCUGAAUGGAAACUUCAAGCGCAUUAUUAAGGAAGAGGGAUGGACUGGUCUGUACAAGGGUAUUGCACCCAAGGUCACCCAGAGUGCCAUUACUGCUGCCUUCCUCUUUGCUUUUAAGGAUGUUCUCUAUGAAACAAUGGUAACCAUGCGUAAGCGGGGUGCUAUUCGCAAGUGA